GGCGAGUGCUUCAUAACUGGUGCAUGAUCGGUGCGGUCAGCAGCAUGGCUGAUGAUGUCUAUGGAAACAGUGACUUCCAUCAACAAACUGGACAAAGAAAACACCAAGACAGGGAAAGGUACCAAGCUCCAGAUCACAAUGUCUGCGGAACCAAAUCGAUUGUGUUUCUCUACGUUCUGCUGAUCGCUAGCUCUGUGAUGUGGGCGGCUCUGCUCUCCUUGCUGUUUGUGAAAUGCACUGCAGAAAUACAAACCCUGAAAACUCUCCUGACAGAAAAAGAUUCUCAAAUCGUGGCAAAUUUUGAGAAUUACAUUUCUAAAGAUUCUCAGAUCAUUGAAAAUGUUACAAAGCUGGAAAAAUAUGUUUAUAAAGUGUGUGCCAAUACCUGCAGUGGUAGCUGGAACUUGUUCAAUGGGGCCUUCUACUACUUUUCCAAGGAGAAAAAGGGCUGGAAAGAAGCACGCACAUUCUGUCAAUCCCAAAACUCAGACCUUGCAGUGAUCAACAGCGACGAAGAGCUGAAAUAUCUACAGGACAAAGGACCCGCAAAAGAACUGUGGCUUGGACUGAGUGAUUCAGAUAACGAAGGCACCUGGAAGUGGCUGGAUGGACGUGUGGUUGAGAAGAGAUUGUGGCAUAAAGGAGAACCAAACAACUAUGAAAACAGUGAAGACUGUGGGCUGCUGAGCAGUGGCCUGCUAAAUGACUUAACAUGUGAAGCAAAACUGCCCUGGAUUUGUGAAAAGCGACUUUGAAAUCCUCUCUGCUUUAUUUUUCACAAUACCUUUUUAAAUCAUCCAGGAUCAUGCACGUUGAAAUUGUUCUGUUAUUUUAUGCUCGUAUGAUUUUGUAUUCCUGUUUUCAUGUUUGCUGUUAGUGUUUCUGUCCUGUUUGAAUGAUUUAUUGAUUUUUGUAAAGUGUUAUUUCUCUUGCCAGGACCCCCUUGACACUGAGAUGUAUAUCUCAAGGGCUCUGUCCUGCUUAAAUAAAUACCAUUGAAAU